CUAUUCGCUACGUGACGGCACAGGAUAAACUGGUUGCAACUAAUCGUCUACUGACCGGGAAGAUACAAAAAAUAAAAAAAGUGAAAAAAUGAUGUAUUUUGAGCACGUUAAGCAACUUCACGACUCGGAGUUGUACCAAGAUUUAAAGCAAUUGGCCUGCAUUGUUAUGUCACUAUGUGAAAGUAAUACAUAUACAGAACUCCUCACACUGAGCCAAAAAUACCAGUGUAUGGUGUACUAUGGUAAUGCAUUGUUUCAUCUUGGAGAAUAUACAAAGGCAGAGGAUAUUUACAAGAGAGCUUUGUUGUUACGAAAGGCUAUAAAUAAGGCCAAGGGAAAGACAACUGUAGCAACCACACAGACAAGUGAAACAACAUCAGAUGUAGAGGUAAAAUACAAGAUAUACAUGUGUCUGCUCCAUGGGAAACAGUAUAAGGAGGCCAUGUCUGUUUUGGAGGGGAUCAGCACAAAACAAAGAACAGCUAAAGUGAAUCUUGCACUAGCCAAGCUGUAUAUUAGAUCUGGUAUGGAUCGGUCGGCCAUCACAAGUUACAAGGAAGUUCUUAGAGAGUGCCCGCUAGCACUGGAAGCAAUUAAUGGAUUGAUGUCCCUGGGUUUGAAAGGAUCAGAUGUGCACAGUCUUGUCUUAAAUGGUCUUCCACAUGGAACUUCAUGUGACUGGUUAAGCCAAUGGAUCAGAGGUCAUUCCCAUGUAACGUCACAGGACUAUGUAAAUGCAGUUUUUGUUUUUCGUAUGGACAACCAGGCCAGUCUGAAGGACAACGUAUAUCUGAUGACAAGUAUAGCAAGGGCACUGUUCUUGGAUGGACACUACACACAGGCUCACAUGGCUUUCAAAAGGGCACAAGCUGUGGAUCCACUGCACCUGAGUCACAUGGAUAUGUAUGCUUACCUGCUGUAUAAAGAAAAAAAGUCUCUUGAUCUCCAGAGAUUAGCCAAUCAGUUAAUGGUAGCAACAGAAACAGCUCCAGAACCUUGGGUUGCUACGGGAUACCUGUCAUUGUUGAAUAAAAAGUUUGUUAGAGCUGUCUAUUUUGCUCAGAAGGCCAGCAAUAUUGACUCGGCUAAUGUUGAAGCAUUGUUACUGAAGGCCAGUGCUCUGUUAGAACUAAAGAAAACACACGAAGCAAUAAUGCACUUCCAGGCAGCCAUGAGGUGGGCACCUCAUAGAUUUGAGGCAUAUAAAGGUCUGACUGAUUGUUAUGUGUCAUCUAGCAGAGUAAGGGAGGCAAUCGGCUGGGCAGGAAGGGCAUUGAAAACUAUUGGUGGAAAUGUUAGAACAUUAUCUUUAUAUGGUGCAAUAAUAGCAAAAGAACCAACAGCAAUGGCAAAGGCCAAACCAUAUUUAGAGAAAGCUAUGAAGCUGGACCCAUCUAGUUUACCACCAGUGUAUGUAAUGGCAGAAAUUCUGAAGGCUGAAAAACAGUAUGAGAAAGGUGUAGAAUUAUUAAAAGGUUACCUACAGAACCAGAGUACUUGUAAAUUACAUCAGAUGUUGGCAGACUUUCUAACUCACACAGGUGAACAUCAGGAGGCAUUAGAUCAGUACAGUAAAGCAUUAGGGCUGGACCCCUCAAAUGCCCAGGCUAGAGAGGGUAUGGAACGUGUGGAGAAACAAGGAGAGACUGGAAUGGAUAGUACAUUUGAUGUAGAGGUGGAAGAAAUGGAAAAUAGUGAUGCUGAGGCUGAUUUUGAUGCCAGUGAUGUUGAGAGUACUUGGUCAGAGAAUGAUUUCAGUUAGCACAGUUUAAAUUAAACAUGAACAAUUUGAAAUCAGGAUAUGAUCUGAUUCCUGAAUCUGUGCACUGAGUGCUGGAAAAUACAUGUACAUUAUAAAGUUAGAAUCUCUAUGAGAUAGAGAGGGCAUCAAAUGUGCUUAGAUUCUUCUUUUGUUAUCCUUGUGACUCUGUUCAAUGUUUACGCUGAGUUUCCAUUUGGUCCCCAGGAUAGAGGAGUGAAUAUCUCUGGUGUGUACAGGUCUCGAGUUCUCACUUAGGUCCUCAGGAAGUGCAGGGACUAUAUGAGACCACUGAUGUGUGAGAAUAAAGAAUAUCUGCGACAGAUCAUCAUUGUGCACAAGAUCUUCCAUGUAUAUGUAUUACCAUAACUUGCCUGCUUCCUGAUAAUAUGUGUAUUGUUAUCAAUUUACUUUGAUACCUUUGUUGUUGUUCCUUCUUGCCGUUUCAUGCAGAUGAAACAGUCUAAAUACAGCAUUAUGAAAAUGUAUUAUUUUGUGAGAACGUGGUACCACUUUUUUAAAUUAAAUGUAAACAGCAUUAUACGGAAUAGCGUUAUAAAGGGGUUCGAGUCAAAGAAGUAUAAAUUUAUUUUUAUAGCUCUUUGUUCGAGUGUAGUUCCUCUUUGUUCCUUGUAGUACAUUUCUAGAUUCAAAAACUUAAUUUUAUCGAAAAUACAUAACAUUAUGCUGUUAGUUAUUAAACAAAACCAGAACUAAACAUUGCUUUUGCCUUUGAAACGCUUUUACAUCUAACCUGUUUAUGGACAUUGAUGUCCCACACUUUGUUUAAAUAUGCUGCUGUAAGAAAAAAAUUCAGAAAAGAAAGCUGUUCAUUUGAUUUUAUGUUAUCAGUUAUCUCUUUAAUAUGGUAAGCAAGAAAAAGAUCACUGGCUGUAGGUGCAGAUGGGAAUAUCGCUCUCGGGUAACUGUUUACGCAGUAACUUGGCAGAACCUUGAACCUGCCUUAAACAGUUACACUUGAGACCGGAUUUUCCCAUCUGCACCUACAACCAGUGAAAGAAUCUUAUAUUUUGCUACAUGUAAUCUUAUGUGUGAAUUAGAUUUGAUAUGCAUUAUUUCAUGAGGAAAUGGAAUUUAUGUUAUAAAAUGAGAUUAAAAAUCAAAGUUUGAGUUUUAACAGCUCUUUUACUCUUCAGAUGGAAGCAUUAUGAAUUACCUGAUAACUUUACUGUAAAUAUUCUAAAAAAAAUACUGUUAGCUAAAAUGUUGGAAUGAUGCUGAUAAUGUGAUACCUUGAAUAAAUUGUAUAUAAAUCUA